AUGGAACCUGUAAGUUUAUCUUCCUCGAGAAACAAAACUCUAGGCACAAGUAAACGAAUAAAGAUUAGCAGAGCAUGUGACGAAUGUCGAAAACGAAAGUAUGUCUCUCUAAACUCAGAAGUGAAGGUCAAAUGUGAUGGUGUGCAACCGUGUGGACGAUGUAAAAAGUCCAACGCUGAAUGUGUAUUUGCCAAAUUACCACCGAAACGAGGACCACCAAAACAAUAUAUGGAGAGUCUCGAGAACCGUCUUCAACGCGUUGAAAAGGCCCUCAAGUCAGUCACGGUACAUAAAAAACUCUUUGAAGAAGAGGGACGGGGGAGAAGGAGCGUUUCUUUUCCUAUCGUGAUCGCACCAAAUACGAUUGAACAACGAUUCACCAUCAAUGAAAUUGGACAGGCCGUCUAUGCUGCCACCACCACCACCACUACUUCGGCUGAUGAGAAUAAUAAAUGUCGCAUCACCAUGGAAAAUAUAACACACCUUAAUAAUGAUACCCAAUCAGAUAUAUCCGAUUCACCUAUUUCUUCUUCAAAUGCAUCCUUCUUUCCACCUAUAAAACAUGUAGAAAUCGCCAUACCAGAUCACCUUUCCUCUCGUCACAUCAUUUCAGAAGUACAACCCUUGACCGAGGUUUACUUUGAUCAUGUUCAUAAAUAUGUGCCCAUGAUUCAUAAACCUUCCUUUCUUAAACAAAUGCAUAGUUUAACUCACCCUCCUUCUCGAUUUCUCUUGUACGCUAUGUGUGCUGUCGCUACUCGUUGGUCUCCCGAUCAUAUCAUCACCAUGAACAAUAAAUCUAUGCCCGCUGGAUAUGCUUAUUAUCAACGUGCCUUUGAUUUACUCGAUGAUUUCACAGAUUCUCCUCGUAUCUCCACCGUACAAGCUCUCAUCCUCCUUGUUAAAUAUCAAGAAUAUUUUCAACGUCAAGGCUUCUUUCAUCGUUCCUAUUUUUACCUGGGCAUGGCUGUCCAAAUGGCCAUCGAUUUAGGUCUGCCUCAACAAAUCGAAUGUGAAGGUCAUGAUGCGGAGACUAGAAAAAGAACUUUUUGGGUAACUUUCAUGUAUGAUUUAUUAUCCAGUAUCGAGCAAGGUCAUGCUACUUCUUUUACGGUUCAGCAUUGCAAGACAGGUUUCCCCUUGGUGACAGGUGAAGAGGGUCCUGCCCUGGAAGAACUCGUGACCAAUCAAAAUAUCUUGAUUCAGUUAGGUAAAGUGCUCUCAGAUAUCCAUGUCAUGUCCAGAUCUAUCGCUACUCGUCAACGUACGCAAGGAGAUAAACGCACACAGGAACAAACGAUUGAAGAACAAGCUCGAUUAUUCUCUUUACAUACCCAUCUCGAGAAUUUCUUGUAUGAAGUACCUCCAACCUUGAUUUACCCACCCACACAAGACACAGAUAGCUAUCCUGCAGAGGUUCAAUUAAUUGGUGACCCUUUUAUUGGUUUCUUGCAUAUGACCUACCAUUUCAGCGUCAUCUUGUUACAUCGUAUCUACACAAGCCUAUCUCCUCCUAAAACUGAAUAUAAUUUCAUUGCCUAUCCACAUCGUCGUCUAUGUGCUGCUUCCGCUUCCAAUAUUACCAUGAUUGUCAAGACGCUCAUUGAACUGUACCCAAUCUACACUUUUCAUUAUCCUACAAGAGGUGUACAACACACCAUCCAUUGUUUAGCUACCGCCUCCACCAUACACAAGUACGAAAUGCGUCAUGCUCCCGAUGAAUUAUCAAGAGACGCUGCGAAUGACCAGUAUAUCUUAACUUUGGAACUCAUGCAACAAUUGGCUCAAGAAUCUCCUUCUACACAGGUUGCUGCUCUCUUUCCAUCCGGCAGUGGUUUCUUGCAAGAUUCUACCAUUGCUUCUAUGGCAACAGAUCCUACCCAUCUGGCCAAUUUCUUGCCCUAUUAUGAUGAUACACCUCCACCUCAAUAUGCUGAGAGUCUGAUCAGUAAACCUUACACGUCUCGUAUACGACGUCACACAGUGUCUUCCCAAGAGUUUUAUACGCCGGAUCUCAUGUUACCACAACAAGUGAUUCGAAAGCAACAAAGUUUUGAUCCUAGUACUUUAAAUAUGGAAAUCAUGUUAGUACCGGAGGAGGAUGCCAUCAUGAUGGAUUCUCAUCAUUAUGACCCUACACCGGGUAUGAGUCAAUUAUUUUUGACAGAAGGGCAGCAACAGUUAUGGGGUGAUAGUACCUUGGUUCCCACUACCGAAGCUCGAAGUGAAGGCCAUGUUAUGAAAUAA